ACACCAACACCCACGCCUCUCCCUCGCGCCAGCGCAUCCGCGGCUGCAUCGCUUGCCGCCAUGCCGGUGGCCACGACGUCCGGCGACGCCAGCUAUGUGCCCAUCCUGACGCUGCAUGGCCACUCGCGCUCCAUUGCCGCGCUGGCCUUCUCGCCGUGCGGCCUCUACAUCGCCUCGGCCGGCGCCGACGCCGCGCUGCGGGUCUGGCGGGUCGGCGUGCACGCAGCAUCAGCUGGUUCUGCGGCCUCAGCUUCGGGUGCGCCAGACGCGGCGCUGCGCACCAUCCGCCGGGCGCACGAGCUCGGCAUCAACCACCUGGCAUGGAGCAGCGACGGGCGUUACAUCGCCACGGCCAGCGACGACCGCUCGGUGCGCGUGUGGGACUGGCGCAAGGGCACACAGGCGCGUCUCUUUGAGGGCCACACAUCAUACGUCUUCUGCCUGGCCUACAACCCGCAGAGCACGCUCAUCGCCUCGGGCGGCUUCGACGAGACGAUCCGGCUGUGGGACGUGCGGCGCAAGACUGAUCAAUGUCACCGCACCAUCCCUGCGCACUCCGAGGCAGUCACUGGGCUGGACUUCAGCCGAGAUGGCGCUACUAUUGCGUCGUGCUCUUACGAUGGCCUCAUCCGCCUGUGGUCGACGUCCACCUCACACUGUCUCAAGACGCUGCUGCCGCCCGACUCGAAGCCCGUCUCCUACGUGCACUUUACGCCUUCCUCCAACCACCUGCUCGCUGCGUCACUCGACUCCACGAUCCGUCUGUGGGACGUGCCCAACGAUCGUGUGCUCAAGACGUACACGGGGCACCGCAAUGUCAAGUGGGCCAUUCCCGCUGCGCUCACGCGCGCCACGCCGCUCUCGGACGAGGAGGGCAAGCGGCAUCCGCGCGACGCAGAGAUGAGGCAUAGAAAUCUGCCGAGCAUCCACGUCGUGGCAGGCUCGGAGGACAACCGGAUAUACCUGUGGGACUUGCAGACGAAGGAGGUGCGGCAUGUGGUGGAGGGGCACAAGGAGCCGGUCAUCUGCAUCGCGACACAUCCUACGCAGGACAUCAUCGCCAGCGCCUCGCUCGACGUGACGCCGACGAUCAAGAUCUGGGAGCUGCGUGGACCCGCUGCGCGGCCCACAGACGUGCUGGAAGCGCCCGCGGAGAUCGCACAGUCGCAGGACGCUGCUGGAAGCGAAGUGCAGCCGCGAGAUGCUGCUGGAAGCGAGGCGCAGCCAGAGCAGGUCGAGACGGUGGAUGUGGUCGAGCGGCAGGACGAGCAGAUGAGCGAUGCCGCCAUGCAAUGACAGCCCCUGCCGUCAAGGACGACGCUACGGUCAGAUGCUUUGGCCUCAGCCACCACCCCAGAGAGCCGCACGCGGCCCUCGGCAGGGGAGCGAAGGCGCGAAGUCGCCCGUGGCCGAGGCGUGCGUGGCUGAGCGCGCUGCUGGCGGCCGGGUGGCGCGAUGCAGGCUGAGGCGGGGAGCAGCCACGCGUGCGCAUGCCGCCCGUCAGAGUGCAAGGAUCGAGAGCCGCAGCAUCGUCUGCCAGCAUCAGCAACGCGCGUACGCAAG